AUGGAAACCCAAACCCUACCGGAAAACCACCCCCCACCACCACCACCACCCGCCGUGGACUACAGCUCCAAUGUAGACACCUCCCGUACGUUCCGCUCCGUGAAAGAAGCCGUAGCCGUCUUCGGGGAGCGGUUUCUCACCGGAGAAAUCUUCUUACCAACGCCUAAACCCCCAUUUACUUUACCCAAACAUGAAACCCCACCGUGGAAAUCUGCACAUAGCCCCCAAACUUCAUGGAAAUCAUGCUCGUCUUCCCGAGAAAGCCAAGAAGAAUCAUCGUCGUUUCUGGUUGCUUCCAUGAAAAAGAUUCAGUCGGAACUCGAAGAAACAAAGAAAGAGUUGAAGUUACUGAAAGAGAGAGAGUCCGAGACGGAGGUGGCGUUGGCUUCUUUAAACGCCGAGCUCCACAAGAACAUGUCAAAGAUCACGAAAUCUGAUCAGGCGGCAGAGAAUGUAGCGGCGUUGAGAUCGUCGUCAGGGUUGGAUCUGGUGGUAAGCGGCGGUGGACGGAGGAAGACGGUGGAGAGGAAAAUGGUGAAGAAAAAGCCUUUGAUUCCUCUACUGAGAGACUUAUUUUCAAAGAAAAAGAGAAAAUCAAAUGCUCCAUUUGUAAAUCCAGUCUACACAUCUUCUCGGAUGCAUUGGAUUUCAAAACUAGGGUUUACGUGAUUACAUUUUCAUGCAUGCAUCAUCUUAAGAGUGAAUUUCAUAAAUCGUUUUAUAAUUGAAGUUUUCUGGGUACUUGUUAUACGAGAAAAGGUUGUGAUAAGAAACGUUCAAUUUUUAGCGUAUGAGUUAUGAUAAA